ACUAUUUUGUUUAGUAUUACUUGUCAAAGUGCCUGUAUAACCCUAUUAUUGGACUCUGCAGACCAGUAGCUGCUAUGGAUAUACUUCUUACUUAAGGGUGUACUUCACAAGCAGAUAUGAAAGAAGCACUCUAAACAGCAAUCAUAGCUGACCACCAUCUCACCAUGUCUACUGAAGCUGAAGCUACUACUGUCAACAGUCAGCCUGAACAGCAGGCUCCACCAAAAGCACAACAUUCAAAGAAGGAAAAAAAGAAAGGGCCAGAGAAGACAGAUGAAUCUCUCUUGGCCAGAUUUAAAGGUGAUGGUGUAAGAUACAAAGCUAAACUGAUUGGCAUUGAUGAUGUCCCGGAGGCAAGAGGAGACAAAAUGAGUCAGGAUUCAAUGAUGAAGCUGAAGGGAAUUGCAGUGGCAGCCCGUUCCCAGGGGCAACACAAACAGAAGAUCUGGGUGAACAUCUCCCUCUCUGGUAUCAAGAUAAUAGAUGAGAAAACUGGGGUCAUAGAAUAUGAGCAUCCAGUAACCAAAAUCUCCUUUAUUGCUCGAGAUGUAACAGACAGUCGUGCCUUUGGCUAUAUAUGUGGAGGAGAAGGCCAGCACCAGUUUUUUGCUAUAAAAACAGCACAACAGGCUGAGCCUCUAGUUGUUGAUCUUAAGGACCUCUUCCAACUAAUAUAUAAUAUAAAGAAGAAGGAAGAAAAUAACAAGAAAAAGAAUGAAGAAGCAAGUAAGACUGAGAAUGGUGGUGAAGCACUACCUGCUGAUCAAGCUGAAAAAGUGAAAUUGGGAGCUGACCAAAUGGACUUGUUUGGGGAUAUGUCUACACCUCCUGAUAUGAUCAGUCCCACAGAAGAUAAAGAGAUUCUGUUAGUGGAUCUAAAUUCUGAAAUUGAGACCAAACAGACUUUUACAAAAGAGGAUCUCUUCUUGAAUGGCAUCACAACCUCUCCUGCACAACCAAAGCCACAGCCACACUUCUUGCCUGAGAGUUCCUUCACUACCAAUCUCAGCUUCUUUCCCACACCUAAUCCAGACCCUUUCAGUGAUGAUCCUUUUGCACAGCCAGACCAAUUGGCACCACCUUCAUGUGAUUCUCUAAAAUCUGCUGAUCAGAAGAAGGAGAGUCUGAGCACCUUGACACCGGUGGGUAAUGGUGCUUCAAAUGGUGAUAUAGACUACUUUGGUAAACAGUUUGACCAGAUUUCUCAUAGAACUGGCAAACAAGAAGCACUAACAAGCCAGUGGCCACUUGAGAGUAAGUCACCUGCAGCAAGAACUCCAAAUGGGGUACCGGAGAGAGAACAGAAUGGCUUUCUUAAAGCUCCGUCAAGCCUCUCUGUGGAAGGUCCUUCCAAAGGAGUAUCUCUGCAGAAUGGAGUAAAGCUGGAUUCUGAAAGCAAUAUCCAGCUCAUGUCAAGUGAGUCUAUAACAAUUAGCCCACCACCACAGAAUACCAAGCCAGGAAGAGGAAGGAGGUCUGUCAAGGCUGCAUCAAAUUACUUACUUAGCUCAGACUUAUUUGUGCCAACUACAGAGAGCCUCGACUUGACCUUAGUGGUACAAACAGGACAUGUGCCAACUAGCUCACUGGGCCUCUUCAAAACAAGUCACACCACAGCACCUCCAUUGGCUGGUCUAGGUGGCUUGCCAAUAACUUCAUCACACUGGAGUUCAGAGACACCUGCCUUCAGUCAGGUUGCGUCAGUCUUUCCUCGGUCUAUGAUGCCUGCUCCACUUGCCUUUAGUACUCAAGCAGUGCCAAGCUGGAAACAGCCUGUGUCUUUUGGUUCAGCAGCCCCUCAGCCUUCUGGUCUCUGGGCACUGCCAGCACAAGUUUCAUCUAGUUCAUGGGCACAGCCAUCCAGUGCUGUAAGUCCCUUCCAGAGUAGCGUGUUUCCAUCUUCAACACUACCUGCUCAGACGUCAUCUGUACUGCCCUCAAAGCCAACAACAACUAGCCCACCUCAGCCACCACCUAGAACUGCACCUCAGAAGGAGCUAUCGAAGAAGGAGAGUGAUGCUUUUAUUGCUCUGGAUCCACUUGGUGAUAAAGAAGCGAAGGAUGUCAAGGAAAUGUUCAAAGACUUCCAGCUGACAAAGCCACCUGCAGUACCAGCAAGGAGAGGAGAACAGCAAAACCUUUCAGAACCACCAAAGCCUGUUCCCCGACAAAGAGUGCUGCCAGCUGAUGGCCUGCCUGAUAGUCAAGUUAAAACAGACCUUUCCAGUGCUUCAUCUAAGGCAUCUCAGAAACCACCUUCUGAUCCUUUUGGUGAUCCUUUUAGCAACCUAUUUGCAUAGAUCAGGUGUAACCAGAAGAAGGACAAAUGGAAUAACUGGACCGCUUCUCAACAUGAUUUUUCUACAUGUUUCACUUUGCUGUUUGCCAAUCUUGCUGCUGUUCCAUGAUGUCUGUAAUCUAAAAUGAGUCCAGGUGGAUUGAAACACAAACCCUCAAAGAAUAUGCUGUGAAGACGAUAAAUCAGGGCAAAGCAAAUGGAGAGUUGGACUUAUGCUGGAGACCCAGAUUCAAAUUGGUGGAUGUUAAUUUUACUUUAGUUCUCUGUAAUCCUUCACAGAAGGGCUUAGCAGUAUUGAAUCAUGUGUCUUGUAAAAACUGUCACCACAAUUUCUCUUUCUGUAGCACUUACUGUCCUAAAAUAUGGGAACUGAAUGUACCUGAGGAAGUAUUGCCUUCACAUAAGGGAAUUGAAUUAGUAGUUACACUCCACAACUUAACCAACUAGGUUACUUGCCUGUUAUCACAACAGCAGCCAGUUGUAUAGUUAAGUGGAUACUACUCACUUGUAAUUGGUGACUGGACAUAUGUCUUUGUCUCUGAGUCAUGAAGGUUUAAACUGUAUGUUAGGGGAAAAAAUCCAAUACUUGUCUAUUUAACUAAUGGUAAAAGUAUCAUUCUGCCAUAAAUGUUUAAUAAGGGGAUACCUGUGGGGUCCAACAGAACUGCUGGACUCCUGAGUACUAGAGGUCUACACUGUACGGUCACAUAAGCUGAAACACUUUAUACAGAACAUUGAGAUAGUCAUAGACACUAACUGUUGGUGCUAAUAUGGCUUUUUUUCAGGGAGGGAAAUCUACUAGGACUACUUUUCUGUUAAAAUGGCUUGGCAGACACAUGGAAUAAGCAGACAGGCUUCUUGCAUAUAUAUCAGUGAAUGUCCUGAUGUUGCUCGGUUUGAGUUGUCACAUGGUGCAGUGUGGCAUGUUUCCAGUAUGUUAGAAAGCAAAAAAGACAAUCAUGGCUUCACUCCAUGCCUAGAGUCCUUGUGAACAGAUAUACCACCUCUGUGCCAUUAAUGUGAGGUAGUCCCUCAUCUCUUGAAAACCAUACCUUUUCUAAAGAACCUCUUUACUAACAUCUAUAAUCAGUUGGUUAUAACUCACUGUAACAGCUACAUUCUUGGUCAGUGGUGGCAGCUGAUGUGUCAGAGGUUUUUCUAUUAAUACUAAGUAUAAACUUGAAAUAGUAUUGUUCAAUACCGAAGCAGUUGCUGGAGAGUGGAGAAAGUCAACUUGAAUACAGACUUAAUACCUAAUUCAGCCAGUCAUGCAACUAGUCUUGUAUAUGAACCUCUCUUGCACUUUCUGUAAUGCAAAAAAGCUAUGAAUUCAAGUAUUUGUCUCAAACUGGAAAUGCAGAAACUUAUGGAUGUUACACUGUUAUAUAAAACUGUAGUAUCUCAAGUGAUGUUACUUUAUGAUAUUAAACAGAAACAACUCUUCAUACCAAAA